GGGUGUGUUGCGCUUGGUGGUGCCGUCGUGGGUAGCGCCCGGGAGAUUCCCGGACGCCACUUGGGUAGACCUGCGGUCGUUUUUGAACUGUGAUAACAACAUAAUAAUAAUUCCAAGUGGGAGUGUGUCGUAACUGGAUUGCUGACGGCCACGGUUAUGGCCUAAAGCCCGAGCAACCUGUUGCAUCAAGAUGGACCCGCCCUCCGAGUUUACAGCGGAAUCUGUCCGCGAUUAUAUCUUAAGUAGAGGUGGAAAGGUGACCAACCACGAAUUGGUGAAGCACUUCAAACUUUUUCUGACGGAUCCUGUGUUGAAAGACCAUGCUCGUGCCCAGUUCAAAGAGUUCGUCAACACGCUGGCCAGCAUCAAGCUGGAGGACGGUGAAAAGUACCUGGUGCUGAAGAAGAAGUAUCGCUCAGGCUUGCUGGCGGAGGUGCUGAGCGACGUUGGCUCCGAGUACAGUUACGUCUCGCACAGCACCAGCAGCAGCACGCCCGCGCUGGAGGAGGAACGGCAAAAGAAGAUCAGCGUGAAGGAGCAGACGCAGAAGUUCAACCGGAUCGCCUCCGAGUCGCAGCUACUGCUGCCCAAGCAGAAUAACAAGCGCCGUGACCGUGCCGACAAGCUGCCUGUUGAUGAUGACGACUCCUUGUCAACGACGACGUUCGAGGGCGUCAACAAGGAGUGGAUCCUGAUCAGCUCGUCCUGCAAGUACAUGGAGAUCGUGCGCAUGCUCAAGGACAACCCCCAAGCUGGCCAAACACAAGGUCAGUCUUGA